GAGAUACCGGAAAAUUCACACGCAUACACCAUGGACGACUCGGGAUCACGCAAGCGACCGCGACCGGUGGUCUCCUGCCUGCGGUGUAGAGAGAAGAAGCUCAAGUGCGAUCGGAUUACGCCCUGCGAUAAUUGCGUCAAAGCUCAGUGCUCAAACGAAUGCACGUUCAAGCAGUUUCCAACUGUCAAGCCAAAGCAUGACGCGGUGCAAGCAAAUCCGCAACGGCCCGCAGGUACACUGCCUCUCGGAUCUACUUCCGUUGAGGAUCUCCAUCAACGGGUGGCCAAGCUGGAGGCACUCAUCUCUUUAAGGCCUUCUUCUAUGCAUAGCACAACCGAAAACCCUGCAGCCACCAACAUCACCAGUCAAUCAAGUGCAGCGUCUCCCAGGUUUGACCUCGGGACUCUCGUUGUGAAAGGCUCUAGAUCGAGAUAUCAUGGGCAAAAUGAUAGGGUGACCUUGCUUAAUCAGUUCACGGAGGUCAAGGACUUCAUCAACAAUGUUGCAAAGGAUCAACAAGUAACAGCACUUGUCAAGCAAGUUCAGUUCCUACAAAGAAAGUCCCAACCCAAAAUUACAUCACCAAAUGCAGAGUCAGAUCCAGAGUUUUCGCUUGCGCUCUUGAAAUUACGAGAGUUUUUGCCUCCAAAGUCGACCUGCGACAGACUAGUAGAUAUCUACUGUAGCUAUUUCGAGCGUACCAUGCGCAUUCUCCACAUUCCUACUUUCAUGCGCCAGUACCAUCAGAUCUGGACAAACACCGACCCCGAGCUCUGCAGGUCUUCUUACACCCUACCGCAAGUUACUGCCGUAUUGGCUAUGGGAUACGCAAUGGAUGAUCAGACCCCUCCAAACGAAGAUGGUUCCCACGGAUCUUACCUGAAGCAUGCCGCGAUAGAUCUCACACAAGCUUGGAUUGACGACCUUGGCCGAAAACAUCGAACUGAAUUGCCAACGAUCCAAGUGGAAGUGCUCCUCCUCUUGGCCAGAAGUCUGCGACAACUGCCACCGGAAAAGGUUUGGAGCUCGACGGGUGCUCUUGUACGGUCAGGCAUGUGCAUGGGUUUGCAUGUGGAUCCUUCCAAAGUCCGCGAUAUUUCUCCAUUUUAUGCCGAGAUGAGACGCAGGCUUUGGGCGACGAUUGUGGAAAUGGAUCUGCAAGCAUCAAUCAAUGCCGGGAUGCCCAUCGUUGCUCCUGAUGUUGAUUUUACGUCCUUAGUGCCGCACAAUCUCGAUGAUUCGGACUUCGACUUGGCCUCCACAGAGCUACCGACUGGAAAGCCUCUAAGCGUCAUGACCGAAACACUAGCCCAAGUCUAUCUUGCCUCUUCUUUGACACAACGUAUAAAACUCAUGACUCUUGUGCAGAGUACCUCGAUCCAGUUAGAUCUAGCGGAAGCGGCCGGAUACGGAAGGAGGAUAGAAGAAUCGCUAUCCCGUAAACCACCACCUCUGGACAUGGGGAACGGUGGUAAAACGUCAGGUGAUGCUGGUUCCUUACUACACCGCGUCCUUCUAGACUUAUAUCUGCGUCGGCCUUUACUAUGCCUUUAUCGCCCGAUAUUGCUAGCUGGUCGGCAAGACCAUCCCGCCUUCUCCGAAAUCCAGGCCUCUUGUCUUGAAUCUUCUCUAGCAAUCCUCUCGUAUCAAGAUCACUACGCAUCGCGGGCUGUCGAAGGUGGCGACAAAACAGCUUCGCCUCAAGAAAAUUUCUUUUACCUGUGUUGUAAGAAUGAUGUGGCAUGGGCCGCGUUAAGUGUAUGCCAACACCUCAAGGUACUGAAUCAGGCAUCUCCAACACAACCACCCUUAAGAGCAUCGCCAACGAGCCAAGCAAACAUUCGAAGCGAGUCUACGCUUGUCAAAACGGUGGAAAAAACUAUCCAAUGCUUGAUCAGUAGAGUCGGACAGCGAGGGAGCGAUCUGAAAGACAUUAUGUUUCUAUCAAUUGCUCUGCAGUCGGUGCGAUCACGCGCUCUCUCAGAAAACAAGAAUCACGUUAUGUACGAAGGAGCAAUGAAGGCUUUGUCCGAUUGUCGAGAAAACUUAGUUCACUCUGUCGUUCUAGGCGACCAAGGGCAUCCGAGUGCAUCAGCGAAGCGUUCGAAGACAACGCCACAAACAGGAAUUAGCACCAUUACUCCACCCAAUACCAUCGCUUCUGUAUCGCCAAAAAGAGAUGCCCAGUAUCCCGCGGACGUACCCCAGGAGCCCGAUUAUUUCCUAACGGGUCUUGCGACCGAUAUGGCCGCUGAGUUCGAGAACUUUCAAGACAUUACGUUCGGAUUUGCUGAUGACAAUAAUUUCAAUCUCGACAACACCUGGAAUUGGGAUCAUAUGUGGCAAUGAUGUAUGGGAUCCAAAAGCUGGACGAUCAUCUAUUAACCCUGAAAAAGGAGUGCUAGCCCGGAGAUGUUGUCCCUUAUUGGACACGAAUGAAGCCAUCAUAACCUACCACUCCUCCUAUUUCCUGUACAGAUUUCCUCUCUUUUCAGCACCGCGCUAGCCGGA